UUAAACUGCUGCUUGCCUGUGCAGCAGCUGAAGAACUAUGGAUUGGAUUUUGCCGAACAAAACCUUAAGCUAAAAGCUUCCCCCCCCCCAACCCUCGCUUCAAGUCAUCCCUUUCGGUUACUGCCUAGCAACAAUGAAGGAAGAGGGGUAAAUCCCGUUAUCAAAUGCAAGCCAACAGUUCCAGCUUCUAGCUCAUGCUGUUCUGCCUGGCAUCGCCACUAGAAAUAUGGAUACUGAAGAGAAAACAGAGCACUGCAUUGUCCAGCAAGGGAAACACCAACCGUAAAAGCGUCAAUGCUUCCAUUGUCAGAAGCAGACAAUACCAGUCGGAAUGGAGGCAAGAAAUGCUGCUUCUGUCUCUUGAAAGAUGACCGGAGAAAAAUCAAGACCAACACGCCGGUGAGCAGGGAAGGUAGUGGAGCAGGAAGCAUACAGAUGGACACACUGGAUACCGUGAAAAGCAGUCGCAGGCAGCAGGCUGCUGGAGGAGAGAUGUGCGCAUGGCCGAUAGCAUCUUUUUGGCUGAAGGGAUGGCGUGCCAAAACUACUUGCAGUGGGCAUAAUCCUCUCACCACAAAUGGCUUGACAAAGGAAGAGCUGGUGAUUCGCUAACAAGCUGUCCACAACGGAAGAUGACCACCAAGAAAUAGCAGUGGAUCCAAAAACAAAGCAUUUCCUUCAAUCAUUCUCACAUCCCAUUUCUGGAUACUUACAACAUGCUUCAGUGGAGGAGGAGGCAUUGCUGCUUUGCCAAGAUGACCUGGAAUACCAAGCGGUCCCUGUUUCGCACCCAUUUCAUUGGCUUACUCUCUCUUGUGUUCCUUUUUGCUAUUUUCCUGUUUUUUAAUCACCAUGACUGGCUGCCUGGCAGAGGUGGAUUCAAAGAAAACCCUGUGGCUUACACUACACGGGGAUUUAGAUCGAUGAAAGGCGAAACAAACCACAGCUCUUUGAGGACCAUUUGGAAGGAUGCAGUUCCUCAGACCCUCAGGCCGCAGGCGAUGGCUAAUUCCAACAAUACGGAGCUGUCGCUUCAAGGAGUUACUGGUUUAGAGAACACACUGAGUGCCAAUGGGAGCAUUUACAAUGUGCGAGGCACUGGACAUCCGACGUCAUAUCACUUUAAGUAUAUUAUCAACGAGCCUGGGAAAUGCCAGGAGAAAAGCCCCUUUCUAAUACUGCUCAUAGCUGCAGAACCAGGGCAGGUGGAAGCUCGACAAGCUAUAAGACAAACCUGGGGAAAUGAGAGCUUGGCGCCUGGGAUCCAAAUUGUUCGGAUUUUUUUGCUGGGUUUAAGUGUUAAGCUGAAUGGAUACCUUCAGAGAGCCAUCCUGGAGGAAAGCAGGCAAUACCACGAUAUUAUCCAACAAGAAUACUUAGAUACUUACUACAACUUAACCAUCAAAACACUGAUGGGGAUGAACUGGGUUGCAACCUACUGCCCUAAUGUCCCCUACGUUAUGAAAACGGACAGUGACAUGUUUGUCAAUACAGAGUAUUUAAUACAUAAGCUUUUGAAGCCAGAAUUUCCUCUUCGGCACAAAUACUUUACGGGCUAUCUAAUGAGGGGGUAUGCACCCAAUCGGAACAAGGAUAGCAAGUGGUAUAUGCCGCCUGAUCUAUAUCCGAGUGAACGGUACCCUGUAUUCUGCUCUGGGACUGGCUAUGUGUUUUCUGGGGAUUUAGCGGAGAAAAUAUUUAAGGUCUCACUGAGUAUCAGACGUUUGCACUUAGAGGAUGUAUAUGUGGGCAUCUGCCUUGCCAAGCUGCGAAUUGACCCCAUGCCCCCACCCAACGAGUUUGUCUUCAAUCACUGGCGGGUUUCUUAUUCCAGCUGUAAAUACAGUCACCUAAUUACCUCCCAUCAGUUCCAGCCUAGUGAACUGAUCAAAUACUGGAAUCAUUUACAACAGAAUAAGCACAAUGCCUGUGCCAACUCAGCAAAAGAAAAAGCGGGCAAGUAUCGGCAUCGUAAACUUCACUAGAAGGCACCCUCCUCCUAAAAAUAUUCCAUGUGCAAUUUGUAAAAUAAAAAAUAAAGAGAAAAGGGAAAAGGCUGAAAGCAUGUACUGUAUAGUGGGGGAAAAAGUGCUUGAGAGGGACAAUAUUUAAGACCAAGCACUUAAUGAUGUUUGAAAAUUAUUUUUUUAAUUUAAAAGGGGAAAAAAAUCUAACUCUUGGAAAUAAUAUUAUGAUGGAAGUAUUAAUCAAGAAGUUUUCAAAAUCUGGGAGAUUAGAGAAAGAUGGUCUCAAGAUAUUUGUGUUAAUGUGCAAUAAUAAGCAUGCACAGUUUGGUGGUACAAUUGCUAUUUUAUGUGCCAAUAAAAUUAACUGCGCAAAUAUUACACACUAUUUUUCUUUUUUAAGAGGGAUUUACUCCCAAUUUUUGCCGUUAAUGACUUUUCAUUUUGGUAUUCAGAAUUGUAAUGAAAAACAUACAUGGCAAUUUGAAGAAAUCAUGUAUCAAUGAAAUGAAAUUCCUUCCACUAGCCUAAGAGUCAUUUAACAGAGUACACAGAUUUUUCACGUGUAAUUUUCUGGGAUCAGUAAUGCUAACACCAGUUUUAAAGAGCCUCUGUGUUUUAUAUAAAUUAAUAGUCUUGCUAUAAGAAAGCUGGCAAAGUGUGAUGCAAAAUUUCAUAACUUGGUCAUAACUUGGCUCAAAUAUUUUAGGAAAUAAUUACAUUUGAGACAAAACCCAUCACUACUAAGAGAACACUGGUACUUUGUCAUGUGGCAACGUAUUGUGUCAUCUUGGCACUUCAUACCGAAUUUUUGUCUAAUGUUUUAACAAACUGACAAAACAGGGGUGACCAAUUUGUACAGACAACGAGAGGGAAAUGUAUUGAGCUAAAGGACUAUAUAUACAGAUUGUAUAUGCAAAAUACACAACUAUCGGCAUAAGGUGAAAAAUGUUGGGGCCUGACAUGUCUCUUCUAUGAUACCAUCCUUCUAUGCCAUUUACAGUGAAAACAAGGCUCACUCGCCAGUGAUUAGCCCUGCUAGUUAAAAUUGUGUAGGAGACUCCACUAUGUAAACUCAUUUUAUUAGUACAGUGGUACCUCGGUUUUUAAGUACACAAUUGGUUCCGGAAGUCUGUACUUAACCUGAAGCGUACUUAACCUGAAGCGAACUUUCGCAUUGAAAGUAAUGGGAAGUGGAUUAAUCCGUUCCAGACGGGUCCGCGGAGUACUUAAACUGAAAGUACUCAAACCGAAGCGUACUUAAACCGAGGUAUGACU